GUGAAUAGAAGAAGAGCAGUGAACGAGAUCCUUCAUCUCGUGGAGUGAAACGAAGAAAAAGAAACCAACCCACUGCAAACGUGGUGCCUUUUAUGUUGAAUCUGUUAUAGAAUAUUUUAUAUUGGUUUUAAUGACAAUAUUUUAAUCAGACAUGGCUGGUGCUGGAAAAUUUUUUUACAAUUUAUUGUUGAUGUUUUAUUAUUGGAUCGAAUCCAUUGUAUUAGCGUUCGUUCCUAAGCGACUUCGGUAUAAAAGUAUAGCCGGCGAAGUAGUCCUGAUUACGGGAGGCGGUAGCGGAAUAGGGCGUCUACUUUGCCUUCGUUUUGCUAGCCAUGGGGCUAAAAUUGUUGUGUGGGACUUGAACUUGGAUGCAGCUCGUGAGACAACUAAGAUGGUUCGAGAAAAAGGAGGUGAAGCUUUUGCUUUUCAUUGUGAUGUUUCAAAGCCUCAAAAUGUAUAUGAGGCUGCAGCCAAAGUAAAAAGGGAAGUAGGUAAAGUGACAAUUCUCGUGAACAAUGCCGGUAUUGUUACCGGAAAACGAUUCCUUGAUUGCCCGGAUCAUAUGAUUAUUAAGACUUUUGAAGUGAAUGCCAUGGCUCAUUUCUGGACUUGUAAAGCCUUCCUGCCAGACAUGAAAGAAGACAACCAUGGCCACAUAGUAUCAAUUGCCAGCAUGGCUGGACUAACUGGUGUCGUCAAACUGACCGAUUACUGUGCAAGUAAAUUUGCUGCUGUUGGAUUUGAAGAAUCCUUGCGUUUAGAACUCUUUCAAGAGGGAUACACUGGUAUACAUUCUACAGUAGUUUGUCCAUAUUUCAUCAAUACUGGAAUGUUUGAUGGUGCCAAACCAGGAUUACUGUCAAUGAUGACUCCAGAAUAUGUGGCUGAACAAAUUGUAUCUGCAGUUUUAGUCAAUCAAGAAGUGAUAAUGCUCCCUAAAGUGAUGAAUCUUCUAAUCAUGCUUAAAUCGAGCUCUCCUCCAGUUAUUCUACGAAUUUUGGCAACAAUUUUAGAUCUCGAAGAUGUGAUGGAAGACUUCAAAGGCAGAGCAAAGAAAGAAUGAGGAGAGAACGCUUUGUUUCUUCCCUCGCACAAAAUUUUUAUUGACUCCGAUAUUUUAUUUUUCGUGUCGAAGUAUUUACUCAUGGCGUAUGAAGUCUCAAACGAUUUUAUAUUGUUGCUCAAUUCAAUGAUUUAUAAUUUUCUUUUCUAUUGUCUGGAAGAUUUUAAAGGCCGUUAUGGUGACAAAAGUUGAGCAACAGACUGUGCCAAAUGCGAGAAAAAUGUUAUUUACUGCUUUUUCUUUGAAAUUAUGAAAACGCACCUUGUAGCUUGUUUAUAUAGAUUCUUAGUUUUAUUUUAGUGUUUUAAAUUUUUGAAAUUAUCGUGAUUUUAAAGAAUAAAAGUUAAUUAUCUUAUUGGAAAAAUAACCAAAGACAACAUAUCGAAAUAUUUUGAAUAAAAUAUUUUUAAGAUAUUGCAAUUACUUCUGGAUGUAUUUAUCACCAUUCAUUUCUAUAUUGUCUGUAUCAGUAAAGACUUUUCUCAGAAAGAUACGAAAUUGGAAACAGUUCUUAACAUUAGGGUUAGCCAAAAUAGUUUUCCUUUUCAUGCUUUUGCUAAGGAAAGAAUGCAUGUGCAACUCCUGUUCUCUUCUUGCACAAUGGAUGACAAAAAAGCUUCUUUCUAAUAUUCUGACCUGAUGGCAAAGAUGUCUUCUCUAAAAACAUUUUCUCUCUCAAAAUCUUAUUUUCCAAACUCUUUUUGUAUUACGUUAUGUGAUAAUUUUUCUUAAGUAUUCAUGCGCUUUCCGUUCUAUUUUAUUAAAAGGAAUUAAGCAAUUAUAACUUUCUAACCUCUCCAUGUGUCUGGUAGAUAUUUGAGAUGAGACAAGUUCGUUAUCGUAUUCUUCCUCAGUGCUUUAAAACUCAAAUAUGCAAAAAAAUCAGUUAGAUUUUAUCAUCAAGAACUCCUAUAUGCUUAAUGGGGGCUCCAUUACCCUCACGUAAUUAUUUUUGAUAAAUAGUUUUGGAUAAAGUUAGUUUUGAAUUAGUAAUUUUUAAAAAGGGUUUAUUUCAUAUUGAUAGCAGGAUAUUGGUUUGACGAUUUUUUUACCUUUCAUUCAUAUUUUAGUAGUUAUCGCUGCUUUUUGUGGAUUAACCAUGCGUAGUCUCUUAUUACUCAUACCAGUUAAUUACAAGCUAUAAAAAAGGCUAACCAUUUAUUUCAAUUUAGAUGUUUUCUUCAUAAUUUCAUUUUAAUAUUGAGAAGAAAGUUAAAAGAGAAAAUUAAAAAAAAUUUCAAAAUCUUUUAAAUUUUGUUAAAUAAAAGUCUUUACUCUUAGCUAUCGUUGGUUGAUCGACUUAUAAGCUAGCGCUGUUAAAAUCGGAAUUAUUAAAUAUUUGAUUUUAGUAUUAUUAGUGCUAUUAAAUUUGAACUAAAGCUGGUGCUUGCUUCUGCUUAAACUCUUGUAUUGAUAUUUUUUUACUAUCUUUAUUUUCUUAUUUUAUUUCUGUCUUUACCUUCUACUAACAAUGGUUUUGGGCUCUUAUGAAGUUAAUUGCUUUUCAGAUUGUUACCAGGGAAAGCUGGUGAAGUGGCGAUGCAUAUGCUUGAACCUGAUACAAUGACUGAUUUUUGUGGCAGAAAUAAAAAAUCACAUUAACACAAACUAUACUUCUCAGCGUCUUAACUUGGCAUCCUCGUAAGUGUUAAAGUAUGUAAUGUCAAAGAGCCAAAGUAUAUUUAAUUUUUAAAAAUUGCGAUUGGAAAUAUUUAUCACUGAGUGAAUUUAUAGAUAUCGCGAGUUAAAACCGUAAACUCAUUUAAUAAUUUUAGAAUUUCAGAUAGAUUAAUGAAGCCGUUUUUCUUACAAUAUUCCAUUUUAAAUAUAUCGCCAUGUUAAUAACAUUUAACGAGGUCGAAAAGCUGAUGAAUUUUAGCAACUCUGCAGGUGAAAUUUGAGAGGGAAGUUUCAGAAAGAUUUGCUUAAGAUGAAAACGAUACUAGUAUCGCGUUUUAAACUCAUUUGGCGAUGAUAUUUUAUUAAUAAUAUGUUUUAUGAUUAAUAUUUUAUUAGAGCUAGAUAAAUUAUGAUAUUUUAUUAAUAAUAAUGUGUUUUAAACAUUUUUUUUGGGCUAUGAGGUUUGCUUAUAUGAAAUAUGAUGAUAUUUACUUAAGAUGAAAACGAUAAUAAUACUAUGUUUUAAAUAUUAAUUUUUAACCAUGAGAUUGAAAAAUAGUAUUCUAAUUUUUUUCUUCCCUUUUAAAACAAAAAGAAUAUCAUAUUAUAAAAAGAAAAAAAAUUGUAUUCUAAAUUGAAUAAAAAAUAUUCUUUUCUGUUAUGGUUAGUAAAAUGCUUUUGUAUUUUAAUUCUUAAUAUGUAAAAUACUAAUGAAAUUAAAAUUUUAAGUUUUUUUUUGUACCAGCUUUGGGUUUUAUUGGCUACUAAAAAUUAUUUUAAUAUUAACUAAUGAGAGCGACAUAUUUUUAUAGACAACGAGACAUUUUAUAGACAAUCGUUCUAUAUUUACCCAGCAUUUACAUACUGCUAAGUUAAGACGAGGCGAAGUUUAGUUCAUGAUUAGAAAGAAAAUUUGUCUUGCCUGGAAAAUAAAUCUAUCACUAUUUCUUAUUUUUCUAUAUUCAUGUUGUAUUUUUGUAUUUUAUUUAUAUGAGAGCUUAAAGAUAUGAGAUAUGUUAAAAUGUUUUUGUAUGUCACCGAUUAAGGUGAUUUUUGACAGCCUUGGCACUAAAGCAUCAAAAUCGAAGGUUGUUGUGUCAUAACGUUUAAAUAUAAACAAAUUCUGUUUUCUCAUUUUCUGUAAGAAAUAAGUUAAAAAGUUGACUCAACUUAGAAAUAUUACUGUAUAUUUCACAACCUGUGUUUUGAUAUUAAUUUCUGAUACCUAUGGUAUGUAUCAUUAAUUGAAAACGUAAUUUUUAAAUUAAAGGUUUUUAAAAAAUUUUAUUAUUGAACUAAGAGUUUUUUUUAAAUUUAAAGUUUUAAUUUCAGAUAAAACAAUUUACUGUUUGGCCUUGCACUUUUUCGUUGACUUAAUUGAAACAGAAAAUUGAAUAAGAGAAGCGUUCUUCAUUUUUACUACUUUUUUUCAUAAGUCCUGACUUCAUUUUUAUGUGCUUAUAUUAAAGACGUUGCUAUAUUUAAAUUUAAGUUGUCGCCAUUAAUUAUUUUAUUGUUACGAAUAAUUUUUUUUUAAAAAGAAAAAAAAAAUACUAUUUUUACACAGAAAUAGUUGAAAGCUGAUUUUUAAUUUCGUAUUGAAUCGCCUUCAUUCCUUUUUGGCGAAUUCCAGAAUGAAUGAUCAUUAUAAUGUAACAACACUGGACUGGUUUUGUUAUACUGUCAUAGGGUAGAUUGAAUUAAAAGUGAUUUGAUAAUGUUUGGAUUUAUAACAGAAGUGUCCUUAUUAUUUGCGUUAUUCAUUUUACUAUUUUACAUUAAGUUAUGAAAAGUAACCAAUUUUUGAAAGUAUAAGUUGUAAAUUUAUAAAUUUUACGUUCCAGCACCUUUAAUGGCGUGAUAGUUAAUGUUUUUUAUUUUAAAAAAAAGCUACAUUAAAUUUACGUUUUGCAUUAAUAUAUUCAAUCUAUUUAUUAAAGUACAUUUUAAAAUAACAUCGAAAAUCGUUGAAAAUAUAUAAAGAUUUCUUAUGUAUGACAAUAAACAAACAAUUUGUAUGACAAACAAAUGUGCAUAUUUUUAAUUUUUUAUAGCUAAGAAUCGCAGAUUUUAAACAAUAUAUUAUAAAUUAAGCGUGAUUCAACUUUCUAUUUCAUUCCAGGUAUUUUUUAACGUUUAAAAUGUUAGUAAAGACAUGUUAAGUCAUUUUUCAUGCUUAAUAUAGAUAUAUCUUUUUGAAGCAAAGAUAAUCCAACAUUGAUUGGGAAAUUAAAUGCCAUACUCAUAUUGUUCAUAAAUUUAGCUAGUCACAUAUUUUACCAUGUUUUCUUGGCGGUCGUUUUUGUUACUAUCAUGUAAAUUAUUUUAAUUUUAUUGUUAAUAUGUAUACCCUAUUAGUCACAAAAAUACACAAUUAGUCAACUAGUAUUUGAUAUAUUCAUUUUUAUAAUGAUUUGAUAAGCAUUAUUAAAUCUUUUUUAAAGAAUUUUAUUUUUAAGCUAAUAAUAUUAUGCUCCUAAUACUUGAUUAUGCUUAAUAACACGCUGCUUGAUUCUUUCUAAAUCUUUUUAUAGUCCUUAAUUCCAUAUGCUUCUUUAUGUUUUAACUUUCAUAAAUUUUUAAGAUAAUUUCUAUUACCUUAAAGGUUAUAAAUACAUUUAUUAAUUUAAUAAAUGUAUGUAAAGUCCAUAUUCCAUAUAUAAAUUUUUUUGCAUUAAUAUUUGAAUUGUGAAAAAUACACCACAUGCUAAUUUAAAUUUAAUAAUAAUUAUUUCUUCAAAUUUAUAUGUAUUCAGUCAUUUUUCUAUAGAAAUAUUUAAUUUUCUUGUGCUGGAAAAUUAUUAGCUUUAAAAAAAAAAAACACACAUUGGUGUUUAAAUCGUCAUGCAAUUACACUUCUAAAAGACUAAAUAUUUUGGAAAUAGUUCAUUAUGCAGUCUAGCCAAGAUUUAUUUUUGGUUCUUAUAUCUGAAAUUGAAACUAGCAAUUUAUAAAUAAAAAUGAAGAAAGAUAAAUAAAUAAACUGUUUUGUAAUAAAAUUUAAUUGCUAUCUUUGUUUUCAAAUUCAUUUUUUUUUUAGAAUUCAUUUAUUUUUAAAAUAAUUUUUUGCUAUAUUUACCAUACGAAUUAAAUGCAUUACCUAUUACGUGAUUGUUUCCCAGCAUACCUGCUUAAGAAUUUAUUCUCCAAAAACUAAAAAAAAACGCUUGCUUAUCUAAUAUUUAAUUGAGAAAUCUUCGUAGAAUAAGAAAAAGUAGAUUGAUAAUAUUAAUUAUCAAUAAUUAAUUAAUAAUAAUUUAUUGAUAACACUUUAACCCUGAUUACAAUUCUCAAAGUAACAUACCUCGAAAUACUAUUCCUAUCGAAAUAAUAUAACUCCGAACCUAUUUUUUUUUUUAUUUAUUAUUAUUUAUGCAUCAUAUAUACUAGUGUUUUUCUUAUAAUUCACACACUUCGUUAGAGAGUUAUAUAAACUUAUAUUUAGUUAUGUAUCUAGUCUUUUCAUUAUUUUUCUGCUGAAAUUUCUAAUCAAUACAUGCUUACCAAAUAUUUUUGCCACCAUUAUGGGCAAUUCUUUAGAAAGCUUUAUUUUGACUACACAUUCAGAGAAGAUAUUUUUUUAUAUAUUCUACGAUGAACAUGAUCCAUCUUAUUUUUUACUUGCUUUUAUUUGUUAUAGAUUAUAUUGUAAUUGUCUAUAUUGAAUAAUAAAGACUGAUGCUUUAUUGCUGUAA